UCAUAUCAUUUUCUUCUUGUCUAGAGUAAAAUUUGCAAACAUCUUAACGAAACAAGUCAGUGACAAGUUUCUUGUACAAAAAUAAGGGAGCGAGAGAGAGAGAGAAGUGAAUAUGGACACACGUAGUGAUCUUGACUCAGCGAGAAGCAGAGGAAGAUCAGUAGUGGAAGAGGAAUUGGAGGGGUUUUUAAGAGUUUACAAAGACGGCUCCGUUGAGAGAUUCUCCUACGUUGUAUCUGAUGUGCCCGCAUCGGAGGCGCCACAAGAGCCCGUGGCAUCCAAAGAUGUUGUCAUGGACUCGCGUACAGGCGUGUGGGCGCGCUUCUACCUUCCCAGAAAAGCAGUUUCCCGAGGAAGCUGCAGACUGCCUCUUAUCAUUUACUUUCACGGCGGAGGCUUUGUGCUGGGCUCGCCGGCAUGGUCUAUUUACCACGUGUUCAUCUGUAGAUUGGCUUCUGAAACAAAUUGUAUGGUGAUGUCGGUAGGCUACAGGCUGGCACCCGAGCAUCGUCUUCCAGUGGCCUAUGACGAUUGUUUGAGUGCCGUUGAGUGGCUCCGCCAGCAGACGAGGCAAAAACUAUUGCACUUUCACAGUUCAUGGUUAUCAUCCUAUGUCGACUUCUCUCGCUGCUUUUUAGCCGGUGAUAGUGCGGGAGGUAACAUAGCUCAUCACCUUGCAUUCCGGUGUGCACGGGCUGAUAUGAAGCCUCUUCAGAUGAGAGGAGUCAUUCUUCUUCAGCCCUUCUUCGGCGGAGAAAGUCCAUGCAAAUGGGAAUUGGAGAAGGCGGAAUCGGACCCAAAUCUGUCACAGCGAUGGAUGGACGUGUUUUGGAAAUUGUCGUUGCCCGUGGGAGCGAAGAAAGACCAUCCUGCCUGUAAUCCGCUGUCGAAGCCACUGCGCAACGUGAGGUUACCACCACUUCUCGUGUGCAUCUCUGAAAAUGACGUGCUGAAGCAGAGGAACAUGGAGUACUGCCAAGUCAUGAAUAAUGGACACCAAAAUGUGAGUCAUGUUAUAUUCAAGGAUGUGGGUCACGCCUUCCAAGUUCUCAAUCCCGACUCUCAAAGGAUCCCCGAGCUAUUGACCGUUUUAAACAGCUUCAUUAAAACCAAUCGGAGUUCAUCUCUGUAAUCUGCAGCUGCCUCGACGAUUUAAAUAGUGUGCCCUUGCUAGGAUUGUUUCGUGUUUGCAAAUUUUCAUAGUGCUUUAGAGUACCGAAUUAUGCAGUUUAGUUGUCUGUCUUGGAAGGAGGAGAUUGAUUUUUAAUGUUCAGAAGUAAAAUAUAG